AUGUUCGCUUGCAGGUGUGACAAGCCUGGGUGUCGCAGUGGGGCUGGCGGGUUGCAGGCUUGGCAUCACUUAGCAAUUACCUACUGGGUUGCUCUGCCUAACAGAUUAGCAUGUGAAUAUGCACUAACAAGUGUUAGAGACACUUGGAAAAGAUGGCGGGAAGACCCCCACGAACCGGUGAACCGGGGAUGAGAGAAUAAGUUGAGAGGGCCAUUCUUUCCCGAGGAGAAGAUGGAACCAAGUGGCUUGGAGCUUGUUGACACACGAAACCAAUCCGACUGUGGAAAGGCUGGCAGAAUUGAACACCGGCACCGGCGCUGUGAGGAAGCAAUAAUCUCUGCUAAAAGCGUGGGGUUUUUCAUAUCACGAGGAGCUUGGGGAAUUUUCAUCUCUUGCUCCAUCAAGACAUCCAUCAGUAUCAUCGGCACAGGCGUCGCCUGGACAUUCAGAAACCAGUCCAAGGGCGAAUUCUUGGCCGGCAGCCGGACGCAGACUGCUGUCCCGCUCGCCUUGAACUUUAUCGCUUCUGGUGAGUGA